UCUCUUGUUAACCAUGUUUAGAAUAUCUCAACGCCUUGUUUCUAAAAAUGUUCUUGGACAUGUGACACAACCUGUCCAUGCUCGUAUGGUAAGCAACCUAAUCAAAACAAUCACUCAUAGACUGCUUAGUUAUCCACAGGCAUCAUGUCCAACACAAAGCGAGUGGCAUCUUUAAGCUUGGUUGCACAAAGAGCAGCAAAGGCCAACAACGCUCGUAUUCUCGGCAUGACAGCCAUGAACCACUUGUCCAUGCGUCACCUCAGCACAGAAGAAAAGGUCGAGAGCAACUCUACUGAAUCAGCUCAUGAACUUGUACAACAAGCAGCUCAAUCAACUUCGCCUGAUGCCCUUGUUAAUGCCGCUUCUCAAAUUGGUGAUUUCAAAGCACUUGGAUUAUGUAACUUUACACCUGUAGGUGGUUUAGAAGCCAUGUUUGAGUAUAUUCAUCUCUACAGUGGAUUACCAUGGUGGGCCACCAUUGCUGCAGCGACAUUGGUGGUGCGUUUUGCUCUUUUGCCUAUGAUGGUCAAGAUCCAACGCAACAAUGCUCGUCUGAUGAACAUCAAUCCCGAUGUCACACGUAUCAUGGAAAACUUGAAAGCAGCACAAGCUCAGGGCGAUGCUUUAGCUACCGGUAAAUACACACAAGAGAUUCAGACGCUGUUUAAAAAGAACGAGUGUCAUCCCAUGAAGUCAUUGGGUCUUCCCUUGAUCCAGAUGCCCAUCAUGAUCAGUUUCUUUAUGGCCAUUCGUGGUAUGGCUGAAGUGCCUGUUCCUGGAUUACAAGAUCAAGGUUUGUUUUGGUUUAGUGAUUUAGCUGCCAAAGAUCCAUACUAUGUUCUUCCUGCUCUCAGUGCUGCAGGUGCUAUGGCUGUAUUGGAGGCAGGUACAGAAGCAGGUGCAGCCAAUCCUCAGAGUAAAGGCAUGAAGAAUGUGUUUCGUGGUUUGACUGUCUUGGUGAUUCCCUUUACGGCAUGGAUGCCAAGUGGUGUCUUUGUGUAUUGGAUUACUUCCAAUUUGUUUUCGAUUGGUCAAAUCUUGGCCUUAAAGAACCCAUCAAUUCGUAAGGCUUUAAAUAUUCCCCAAUUGAUCAAACGACCUGAAGAACUUCAAAAGAACACCAAGGGAUUUAUGGAGAACUUUAAGGAUCAACAAAAACACUAUGAAAAGUUGGAAAAGGACAGAGCUCUUCGUGAAAGACAACAAGCUACUGCUGCUGCCAGAAGGGCUGCUAAGCGUAGAUUCUAAUCUCAUUAUGUAUAGAAUUUAAAUAAAACAAUGAGUGUAUUUUAUACAAUGAAACCUUGUUGCUUAUAUAUAUAUAUGUAUGUACAUAUAAAAAAAGAGGGGGAUCUUUCUCUUUAUUCAUUUACUAUGGGUUGCUGUCAAUCUCGUCCUCGUCUUCCAAAGGGUACUGAAAAGUAAGUCAUUCUGCUUAACAUGAUAUGUUCUUAUAUGUGUAUACAGUUGGUAAUUGAGUGUGUCCUUCACUCUGCAAAGUUGUAAAAGAAUACUUUAUUUUCUUUUGUAUGAAUAAAGUCUUAAUUGUGACUUGUUGCUCUUUUCUC